AUGGGGCCGCCGCCGGUCUCCCCGCCGUCCCUGCUGCCCGCCGCCGCCCUCUGCCUCCUUUCCUGCCUCCUGUCUGCACCUCGGAGCCACGCGUGCCCCGCGGGCUGCGUGUGCGCGGACUCCCAUACUGUGGACUGCCGGGCCCGAGGGCUGCCCAGCGUGCCGAGCGCCUUCCCCCUGGACGUGCGGAAGCUGCUGGUGGCCGACAACCGCAUCGAGGCCAUCCCGGCCGACUUCUUCAUCUUCUACGGGGACCUGGUCUACCUGGACUUCAGGAACAACUCUCUGAGCUCGCUGCAGGAGGGCGCCUUCAGCGGCUCCGCCAAGCUCAUCUUCCUGGACCUCAGCUACAACAACCUGACCGAGCUGGGCGCCGGCACCUUUCGCUCGGCCGCCAAGCUGCUCAAGCUCAGCUUGGCCAACAACCGCCUGGCUGGCGUGGACGAGGCCGCCUUCGAGAGCUUGGAGUCGCUGCAGGUGCUGGAGCUCAACGAUAAUGACCUCCGGAGCCUCAACGUGGCCGCCCUGGCCUCCCUGCCUUCCCUGCGGACCCUGCGCCUGGACGGCAACCCGUGGCUCUGUGACUGCGAGUUCGCUCAGCUCUUCUCCUGGCUCCAGGACAACGCGUCCAAGCUGCCCAAGGGCCUCAGUGAAAUUCAGUGUUCCCUGCCCAUGGAAAACAGAAGGAUCUUUCUGCAUGAGCUGUCCGAAGCCAGUUUUAGUGAGUGCAAAUUCAGCCUCUCCCUGACAGACCUCUUCAUCAUCAUCUUCUCGGGCGUGGCCGUGUCCGUAGCUGCCAUCAUCUCCAGCUUCUUCCUGGCCACUGUGGUCCAGUGCUUCCAGAGGUGUGCCCCCAACAAGGAUACAGAGGAUGAAGAUGAUGAGGAGGAUGACUGA